GUUAUGGCAUGGAAUGCAGUCGCUUCAUGAGAGAAUGUGGAGUAAGGCUAGCGUGUGCCGGAUAUGCUGUGUAUGGUGUCGAUUAUGAAGGGCAUGGACUUUCUGAAGGUGCCCGAUGUUACAUAAAGAAGUUUGAUAACAUUAUUAACGAUUGUUAUGACUUUUUCAAGUCGGUCAGUGUGCUCCAAGAGUACAAGGGAAAAGCUAGGUUCUUGUAUGGAGAGUCAAUGGGAGGGGCAGUGGCCCUACUUUUGCAUAAAAAGGACCCUUCUUUCUGGGACGGUGCAGUUCUCGUCGCGCCCAUGUGUAAGAUAUCAGAGAAGGUGAAACCACACCCGGUGGUCAUCAACAUAUUGACUAAAGUGGAAGAUAUUAUACCAAAAUGGAAGAUAGUUCCCACAAAGGAUGUCAUCAAUUCAGCCUUCAAAGACCCUGCCAAACGAGAAAGGAUAAGGAAAAACAAGUUGAUAUACCAGGACAAGCCCAGGUUAAAAACAGCAUUAGAAAUGUUGAGAAUCAGCAUGAGCCUUGAAGACGGCUUAUAUAAGGUGACCCUGCCGUUUUUUGUAUUACACGGAGAAGCAGAUACAGUGACUGACCCAGAAGUAAGCAGGGCAUUAUACGAGCGAGCCAGUAGCAAAGAUAAGACCAUAAAAUUGUACCCUGGAAUGUGGCAUGGUUUAACAUCUGGGGAACCUGAUGAGAACAUUGAACAUGUAUUUGCAGACAUCAUAACAUGGCUAGACAAGCACGCCAGCAAUGCUGCUAAUGAGUCUCUGCAACCAAUUCAGAAGUUGACAACAGCUGCAUCGCCAGUAAAGAUUUUACAUCGAACACACGGGAGAAGAAGCUACCUUUGCGGAUUGAAAGUACACUGCUUGCGAUCCCACUCAGAAAUUUAG